CAUUGGCGCUGGGGCCAGGCGGGGGCGCGGGCGGGGCGACGGUUCCCAGUCGGGCGCGCGCGGGCAGGGUCCUCAUUGCCUGCUGCGCACCCGGGCGAGCAGCUCCUCUCGGCCUCCUCGCCAUGGACGCGGACCACUCCCAGGGCCCCAAGGGCUCCUUGCGGAAGCUCCUGGAGCACCUCUCCGGAGCCGGCAAGGCUAUCGGCGUGCUGACCAGCGGCGGGGAUGCCCAAGGUAUGAACGCUGCUGUGCGCGCCGUGGUGCGCAUGGGUAUCUACGUGGGGGCCAAGGUGUACUUCAUCUACGAGGUCAGUGCCUGCCCCACACUCCCUGUUGCUCUUCCUUCCACCUGCCCAGAGCCCUGCAGUCACUGGCGUGUGCUCACCCCUGCCUCCUGCUGCUGAGCAAGCCAGGUCCUG